GAAGGGAUAAAAAGGCCGGGUGGAAGCCUUUGCUCUACUCCGUUGGAUUUCGGCGCUUCUCUGUUCUAUUCUGGGGGCUCUGCCGAUUUCGGAGCUUCAGCCGAAGACAUGUCUGGGCGCGGGAAGCAGGGCGGGAAGGCGCGGGCCAAGGCCAAGUCGCGCUCGUCGCGGGCCGGGCUGCAGUUCCCCGUGGGCCGCGUGCACCGGCUGCUGCGCAAGGGCAACUACGCGGAGCGGGUGGGCGCCGGCGCCCCGGUGUACCUGGCGGCCGUGCUGGAGUACCUGACGGCCGAGAUCCUGGAGCUGGCGGGCAACGCGGCCCGCGACAACAAGAAGACGCGCAUCAUCCCCCGCCACCUGCAGCUGGCCAUCCGCAACGACGAGGAGCUCAACAAGCUGCUGGGCAAGGUCACCAUCGCGCAGGGCGGGGUGCUGCCCAACAUCCAGGCUGUGCUGCUGCCCAAGAAGACUGACAGCCACAAGGCCAAGGCCAAGUAAAACCGUGGCAACAAACAACCCAAAGGCUCUUUUCAGAGCCACCCACAUUUUCCUAAAAAGAGCAGGAACAUCUAAGUACAAGUACUGGGAUCACUUGUUUCUUUAGAAACUGAUCUUAUGUAACUGGAAACUUGUAUAUAUGGGGAGUUCUUCUAAGCAGCAAUUUUGUAUUUAGUGAACCAGCUCUGUUCUGCAAGUCCCUUCAAUUUUAUUCUCUAACAAGUUACUCAGUACUACUUCUCCUAAAAAUUAAUAAAAGGUGGGGGUGGGGGA